UGUUUUCGUUAGCUUUCGUACGCGCGAGCUCGAGUGUGAUGGCUCCUUUUCUUUAAUCUAGUGAUUUUUUUCUUGAUUAUUUCGUAUUCUACAUACUUUACCAUGUAGAAACUAGAAAUUAUUUCUACACAAUGGAGGAACCUACGUCUGGGGCCCUGGACCCGGACGAGUUGCUCCCGAUGGAUCUGGACGAGCAAGAGGGCUCAGAUCUGGAAGACGAAGAUGAGGAGUUGGACGAACCAGUGCCUUCGCCCUUCCUGUUAACGAACUCCCAGCCUGGAUCUGCAGCAACCUCUGUGGCGUCUUCACCAUCCAAUCUUGAAGAUCUACCGCCACCCUUCAAUUUUACCGGAAAACCCCUGAACAUCAAGAGAGGCCGUGGGCGUCCGCGAAGAGAAGGCGGCAAACCCUUUCGCGGUUUAUCAAGAAGCAACAUCUUUCCCGGCUCCGCCCAACGUGCUCGUAAGCCACGCCCACCCAGUCUAUCACGACGCGGCUUUUUCAGGGGUGGAGCUACGCCAUCCCGCCUAUCCGCCGACUACGAUUUCGACGAUGGAGGCCUCGACCCAGAAACGGGACAGUUUAUCUUUGAGAAGCCGUAUGAGGAACCGGCGCCGUAUUUUCCUGAGCAUUGGCCUGGAAAGGUGUGCGCUUUCUGUAAUUUGGGGGAGAGGAGUCAACUGGGCCAGGGAGAUAUGCUGCGCCUUAACUGCCCAGAAGGUUUCAACCCCCAAAAGCCUACCACCCCUAGUGAAUCCCCCACCUCAGACCCAGCAUCCAAACAAUCUACCCCUGAUUCCAGCCCUAUAGGAGGGGGGGACAAGAGCCCCCGGGUGCCCCCCUUUUGCCGCCGCCAAAAAGGGUUUAACAAGUGCCGUACCCCCUCUGCCAACAGCGAACAUAUAGACGAAUUGACCAUAAUAGGUUAUGCGGAGGUGCCAGAUGUUAGUGCGUUAUUUGAACCCAAUGGACAGUUUUAUGUGCAUCGGAGAUGUGCUAUGUGGUCGCAUGGCGUUACUAGGACGGAAAAUUCUGCACUUCAAAACGUAGGUCCCGUCGUGCUGGAAUGUUCCACCAAGAAAUGUUCAUUCUGCAACCACUAUGGAGCAAGCAUUACCUGCAACACUGAAGGUUGCACCAAAAUCUACCAUUUCCCUUGCGCUACUGCUGCCGGUGCCUUUCAGGAAUUAAACUCGCUCACCACAUUUUGUUCCUCCCACCUUGGACAGGUUGCUAUGCUUUGCGACGCCUCUGUGUGUAAUACCUGUAAGAUACUAGGAGAUAUUGCAAACCUUAUGUUCUGUUCUACUUGUGGUGCACAUUACCAUGGAAUGUGUGUUGGUAUAGCACAACUGCCAGGUGUGAGAGCAGGCUGGCAAUGUAGAAAAUGCAGAGUGUGCCAGGUGUGCAGGAUGAUUGGUGAUGAGAGCAAACUUAUGUCUUGUGAACAAUGUGAUAAAGUAUACCACGCGGGUUGUCAACGGCCCAUCGUUACAUCUAUUCCAAAAUACGGAUGGAAAUGCAAGUGUUGUAGAGUGUGUGGUGAUUGUGGUGCAAGAUCUCCAGGUGCGGGUCUUUCUUCAAGAUGGCACGCACAUUAUACAGUGUGCGAUUCUUGUUACCAGCAGAGAAAUAAGGGCUUUUCAUGUCCCUUGUGCCAUCGCGCUUAUCGGGCUCACGCUCAUAGGGAAAUGGCUCAAUGCACUGCAUGUAGAAAAUUUGUACAUGGUACUUGUGAUCCAGACGCAGAUUUAACUGUCUAUCACCAAAGGAGAGACUUGAACCCAGACUAUGAAUAUGUUUGUACACAUUGUAAAAAUCAGAAUCAAACAGGAAGAGCUUUGGUAUCAAAAAGAUCAAGUACGGAUGACCCAAGUGACCUUUCAGCAUCUCAGGAAUCUUUGUAUGACGACAUAUCCGAAUUUGAUCUACCAUCUCCCGAUGAUUUCGCCAGAAGUAUUGGAUUAGGGAAAGGAAAACCGUACAGCGCCACCAAAAUUGCUAAGAAAAGGCUAGGAUUUCCGACUGGUAUACCUGGAAGGUCAAAAGGAAAUGGUAAGGGGCUAGGUGGUAAGAUGGGCUUCAUCAAAAGGGCGCGACUGACAGAGUUUGGACGCAAAAGGGGGCCAAAGGCUAAAAUGAGAGGGGUGUUUGGGGUACCUGGUGUAGGAUUACAAAAACCAGUGUCUGAUGGGAAGAACGAUGAGGAACCAGGUGUUGAAAAUAGAUUGGUUUUGUGUUCAGCUAAGGAUAAGUUCAUACUUACCCAAGACAUAUGCGUGAUGUGUGGUGCUUUGGGAACGGACCAAGAAGGCUGCUUGAUCAGUUGUGUGCAAUGCGGACAGUGCUAUCAUCCUUAUUGUGUUAAUGUUAAAGUUACUAAGGUCAUCUUGCAGAAGGGUUGGAGGUGCUUGGACUGCACCGUCUGCGAAGGUUGCGGCCAGCGCAACGACGAGUCCCGCCUUAUACUCUGCGAUGACUGCGACGUCUCCUACCAUAUCUACUGCAUGGAGCCUCCGUUGGACUAUGUACCCCAUGGCAACUGGAAAUGCAAAUGGUGCGCGCAGUGCCAGGUCUGCGGAGCCACCGAUCCAGGUUUCAACUGCACGUGGAUGAACAACUGGACCGAGUGCGGACCGUGCGCGUCGCACGUCAACUGUGCCAGUUGCAGUGAGCCCUAUUCGGAGGGGGAUUUGAUCAUACAGUGUGUGCAGUGUGAGAGAUGGUUACACGGUUCUUGUGAUUUCAUCAAAACGGAAGAUGAUGCAGAGAAAUGUGCGGAAGAAGGGUACAACUGCUUGUUAUGUCGACCUAGGGAUGUACCCCCUCCACAUUUGAUUCCUGCGCCUGUGGCCCCAAAACCACCAACCCCAACAAAAAGCCCAGAGGUGAUAAUGAAGGCAAAUCGACACGCAAACUACUACAUGGAUGGAAUCUGUUUGAGCGAGCUAGGCCACAGCUUAAUGAAGUCUCUGGCCAUGGAACAGGGUACCAGGAAGAAACGGAAAAAAUUGCCUACCAUUCAAGAUAAAGAAGCUGGAAUUAUGGCAACAAUAGAAAGCGUUGUUGCUGGCGGUAGUACUGAAACCACCCCGAACCUGGAAGAAAGCGCCAAACUAGAACUAGUAGAUGUAAAAGACGAACCAGCAGAGAUCUACAAAGAGGGUAUGAUAUGGACGAAAGAAGAUGGCCCGCCUCCAGAUGGGUUCACUAUUUUUACUUUGGAGAGCGGAGUCUGUGUUUUGAGGCGAAAGAGGCAGAGAAACCUGCAGAAAUUGGGCAUUGGAGGCUUUUUGGUGAGAAUGAGAGGAAUCAGGAAUGGUCAGGAUAAUGACGAGAUAGAUACUUUACCAGGACAGAUGAAUAGCUCAGGGGAAAUCCCAUCCCUACCACCAGUGACCACCGUGGAUGGUGAUAAGCCUCGUAGAAAGCCCAUCAGAAGAAAGCCCAAAUGCAAACUGGCAGAGACAUUUCCUUCCUAUUUGCAAGAAGCGUUUUUUGGCAGAGACCUUAUGGAAGGAAUUGACGUUAAGAAAGAAAACGUUGACAGUUAUAGUAGCGAUGAAGAAAAGUCAGACAAGUAUAAGUCUAUAAACUUAUCGCAGGAUGAGCUAAUGGCUGUGGCAGCAGUGACAGCAAAACAAGAAAAGAUCGAGCCAGAUUUGGACACCAAAGAUCAGACAAAAGAUCUGAAACCCAAUGUUAUGUCUAAGGAGGAAGAUGAAGAAAACACAGAAGAUCUCAAAGAUGUUUUGGCAUUGCCUGGUGACUUUUUGGAUACUGACCUGGUCAACAGUAUCAUAAAUGAGGAUGAUGAGGAUCUAACCAAGAAUACGGAGUCACUUGAAUUAGAUUCAAAUCUUCCUGACGAUGCAGAACUGGCAGAUACUCUAGGUAGUUCCAGCAACUCUAAAGAUACCAAAGAUGAAUUGAGUGAUAUAUUAGGACCUCAUUUCAACUUAGAAUCAAUACAUAUACCUAACAUUAAUAGCAAAGACGUUGAAGACAUAUUCAAGGGUGUGCUGACUGAUGAAUCUCAGGAAUCCCAAGAAAGCAACGCUUUUCCCAUGCAGAACCAGAGUAUGUUUGCCAGCAACACUCAGCAAGUGAUUCAGCAGCAUCCAAUUGUAGCGCCACCUGUUAGGCCUACUACCUUGUCGACUGUGACGCAAUCUAAUCUGAAUUCACCUGUCAGUUUUCCGUCGCCUUCUCCGUAUUCUGAGUACAGCAACAGUCCUCAGUUCAGUCCAGCAUUCUCCGAGCCCCCAAGCCCAUGGGUAUCGGCGGUUGAUACUUCUGAGUUGGAAGCAGCAUCUGUCAGUUCUGCAGGCGUCUCCUCGACAUAUAACCAGAGGUCCUCGGAAAAAAUGAAAGCAGAUGAAGGUCUUGGCACAGGUGCUACGAUAUCGGCGAUGUUAUAUGCCAACGUCAAUCAUCCAGAGUGGAAGACUGAAUAUCCUAACUGGCCAGACAGAUACAAGCAGAUUAUCAAGAAGUGGAGAACCUUAAGUCAGGAGCAAAAAGCACCCUUUUUGCAAAGGGCAAGGGACAAUAGAAGUCAGUUGAGAAUGAAGAAGGCACAGCAGUCCCAGCCGUCGAAAGACUCCGCCAUCGCAACGCAAUCAGCACCAGCGGCUGCAAUCGCCACGCCCGCGUCACCCUCGACUCAGCAGAAGGUCAUCACGCAGGUGGUGUCCAGUGUCCACCAGGUGCAAGCGCCACAGCAGCAGCAACAACAGCCGCAAGGAAUGACAGGCACCCCCACCACAGAGGUGUGCAGCAGCAUCAGCCACACAUCAGCACCACUAACCCCGUCUGCAGUCUGCAGCAGCUCUGUGUCUGUUUCUUCACCACCAACACAACCACCACAACCACUUUCAACCCCUACCGCUUCUUCACUCCCUUUGCGUAAUGGCACGACGGCGGUUGUUGUGGCCACAGCAACUGGUGGCGGGCAACAGAAAAAUACCGAUCAAGAGAAGAUGGCUUUGCAACAAAAAUCUGCGCGAGAGGCAGAGCAAGAGAGGCAAUGGAAACAGUUGCAAGCAAUAAGGCAACAACAGGCGCAACAUCAACAACAUGUUAUACAUGAGCAACGUGUGCAAGCCCGAGUCCAACGUCAGAUAUCGACCGAUACCAGUCCUCAGUAUCUUCCAGAUCAGCAAUCACCAUUGACAGUGGGGACUCCUACAGAGGUUAGUCCUGUGGCUUCACCAUCACCCAGGCAGUUUGCGAACCUCAAGUCACCGCCUGGGUUUCCCCAUUCAAGCAUCAGGCCCACUACUCCGGGACAGUCCCCUCAUGAGUUCCAAACUGCAGAUGACAGUGAUCCCUAUCAAGCACCUCCAAACACACCUAAGCCUACCUUUACGCCAAGAACUUCCCAAGAAGCAUUCGCACAGAGGGCGCAAGUACCUACGGGAGUUAGACCACCACCUGGACAGGCGUUCAGUGGCCAAGUCCGUUCAGACCAACCAGACAUAAGCAGGCAGCUUCGAGAUUUACUGCAAAGACAACAGUUCAAGAAACUAGACGAGUUGGUUCCUGGUAAAGGGCAGCAAAGAGUUUGGCCACCAGCUGAUCAACAAGAAGCAGAUAGUCAAAAUGCUGGUAAUGUGGUGUCCUCUGCUGAUAACACCUUCAGGCAACCGUUACCACCGAGUGUCGCUAGGCCAAGAAUUACUACUGCUAUUGGUGGUAGACCACUUUUGAAUCCCAAUGCGUUGCGUAUAGGUCUCGAAUCCAGGAUGCAAGGCCUGGAUCCUAGAAUGAGGCUAAUCAUUCAACAGCAGCAACGCCUGGUCCAAACAACAUCCACCGCUCCUGGCCAGCAACAAGUGACCCAACAACAGUUCAUCCGUUUCACAUCCGGAGUUCGUCCAGCAACAGUUGAACAAUACGAGCAGCUGUUGCAGAGGCAACAAGCAGCAGCGGCGGCGAGGCAGGGUUUGCAGGUGGCAGCUGUUCAAAGACAAGUGACAGCUGGAACGGUGCAGUCGCAAGGUGGUGAUGCUGGCGCGCCGGGUGAGGAGGGAAUACCGGAUAAUGUCACUGCAGAAUUGGAGAAACUGGAACAGGAGACAGGUACUAUGGCUGAACUACAAGCUGUGGGCGACAUCCUCGGAGGCCUUGCCGCUACAGCACCUCCAACUGUACCCACAUCCACUUCAGCUUCGGCAACAUGUAUCGCCAACGACGUAUGCGAUGACGACGAGCUCCUGGCAGAAAUGGGUGCCGAUUUCAAUAUUCUGGAGUACGCCGAUCCCGAAUUGGAAGCAUUGGCCAGCCAUGGUGGGGCCAAGACGAAUAUAUUGGAUUUGGAAUUGGAGGAAGAGAAGGAAAAAGAUGCCAAAACUGCUGCGCCGGCAGAGCAGGCUGCUGGGGCAACUGGUGCUCAUGAGAAGGAGGGACAAGUGGAGAACAAAACGGUUGAUGAAGCGAGAGCAGUGAUACGACCUCCACCUUCUGCCACACCGUCGAUAAAUGCUCCUCAGCAAUCGCAAUCGCCUGUUCAACAGCCAACGGCCACUUUGCCUCCUCAGCAUUUAGCUCCGCCUCCACAACAGCAAGUGCAGCCACAAGCUCCUCCUACAGCACCAGCGUUGCCACCGCCAGCAUCGCAUCAACUGACCCCACAACAGAUCUAUCAGCAGAUGUUACAUCAGGUACAGCAAGCUGCAGCUCAAGGUAGACCGAUGCCUCCUGGAUCAAAGAUGCAGACGCCCGAUGGUAUUAUAGGAAUAGUGACGCCUAAUAAUAACGUACAACUGCAAAUACCUCCAAAUCAUCCACAAAGAAUCCUUCUUCAAUUACAACAUGCCCAAAAACUUCGUCAAGCUGCAGCGGCCGCUGUAGCCGCCAACCAAUCUGCCGGUACGCGUAUGCUCCACCCAUUGGCCGGUCUGACAUCCACCCCGAGCACCGGAGCCCCGCCCAGAAUGGCCGUGGCUCCGCCCCCUCCGCCACCGCCUUACCCGGGCCCACCGCCGCCUUACCCGGGCAGCGCCACACCGCAACAGCAGCAACAACCGACACCGCAGCAUCAGCAGGAACAGCCGUUGCUAUUAGAAGACCUCUUGGAACAAGAGAAAAGAGAACAGGAAAAACUACAAAGUCAAUCAGCCAAUCAAGAAGUGACCUCGUCCACUGGUGCGGAAGCAGAAUCUACGCUCUUGAGUGACCAUGACUUCGAAAGGCUCAAAGCUGAUGUUUUCAGUGGAGGCGCUGUUGGUUUGGGAAAUUCUGUUGGUCAAGCAGGAGUACCCUGGCAACAGGCAAGCAGACCUCUCCCGUCGGUCACGCCGCAACCCGCCCAGAUAGACACCACGCCCCGCGUGAAGCCCUUCACAGCCAACCUGCUGCCCGCACCUCCUCUGCCUCCCGAAACAAUUGCUACCGAACAGGACAGACAGACGCAACUGACGUACGAACAGUGGUUGUCGCAUCAGAACGCGGUGCUGGGCCAGCAGUUGAGGUACUACGAGGCCGAGGUUCAGAAAUUGAGGAAGAGUAGGAAGUCACUGAAUAGCAAACAAAGACAAUUGAGAAAAUCUGGUAAUCAGUUAGCAGAAUCGGACUCAGUGGAGUUGCAGCGGAUCGCCGCCGAACAGGCGGUGCUCCAGAAGCAUUUGGAGUCCAGCAGGAAACAGAGCAGGCAGCACGGGAUGCUUAUACAGGAAUACCGCAACAAACGCCAACUCCAACAACAACAACAGCAGCAGCAACAACCGGCAUCCCCAAUGCACCAACAGCAGAGCCCCAUGAUGUCCCCAGCUGCCUCCUCGGGAGCAUCGCCCAUGAACAGCCCCGGGUCGGUUCAAGGGGGCGUGCUGCAGAGCCCCGGCCACGUCAUGUCGCCCAUGCAGCAGCCCAGUCCGAUGCAGCAGCAAAGUCCUAUGCAACAACAGAGUCCGAUGCAGCCGAGUCCGAGGAUGGGGACUCCGCACUCGCAGCAAAGCGAGGGCAGCCCAGCUCCAUCCCCUUCCCCCUCCCAAGUUAUUCUGCCGCCCCCGCCCCCACGAAUGGCGUCUCCACAACAGCAAAGCCGCCGCUCAGCUGUGACUAGCCCCGUGGGGGCCCCUACGGGGACCGUUGGCGUUGCCCAAAUGCGGUUCGCUGCGGUCCAGCAGAGGGUCAGGAUGCAACAGCAACAGGGUCAGGUUUAUCAACAGAAGGGCGGAAGUGUGUCGCCUCUAGGCAGUCCUACGGGGGCCGGGCAGCAUCAGUUGCAACAGCAGUUGCAGAAGAUGCAGCAGCAGCACAUGGUGUUGCAGCAGCAACAAGGGACAGAUGCAAACCAAGCUGACCAGAACGCUCUUCACUCCCGCGCCGCACAACUAAUCCAACACCGCAACCUGAUCAGGCAACAGCUCUCCCAACAACUAACUCAGCAACAACAGCAACAAUUAGUCCAACAGCAACAACAACAGCAGUUAGUCCAACAAGUCCAACAGCAACAACAGUCCAUUGGCCAACCCCAACCAUUGACACCCCAACAGCACCAAUUGAUGCUUCAGCAGCAAAAGCAGCUUGCAGCUCAGCAACAGCAACAGAUCGCGCAGCUGCAAGCAAGGUUGCAGCAACAGCAGCAAGCGCAACAGCAACAACAGAGCAGUCAGCCACCGCAGUCGCCCAUGCCGCCUAAGAGUCCGAUGAUCAUGUCACCGCAUUCUAUGCCGCCAUCUCCAAUGCAGGCACCUCCGAAAAGCCCAAUGAUAAACACAUUCAACAACCCCAACCCCAAUUCACCAGCUGCUCGCAGCCCCGCGUUCCACCAGCAACAGCAACAACAGAGUCAGAGCAGCCCCAUGCACACGCAGUACCAAUCAGCGACUUCGCCGAUGCCCAGGAGCCCAGUGGUCCAAUCGCCGCACGGUAUCAGGCGUCCGCCCAGUGCGAAUAGUAGUCCGGCCAAUCCUGAUCGACCUCAUAGUGUUGAGAACCCGGGGACGCCCAGGACGCCAUCUUAUACGAUUGAUCAUCUCAUACAGGACAACAUACAAAAUCAACAUUCAUCUAUGCAAUACACAAAUGAAAUGGAUAAUGGUGGUGGCAACACGAAUAAUCCUUUGCCAUCUGCUAGUAGCCCUGAGAGUCCUUGGGCAAAUUUGGGGUUGAAAGGUGGAUCUCCUACGGUUGCCAAUCUACCUCCAAAAAGGUACGGAUAUAUCAAACUGGGUCUCCGAGGCGGUUCUCCAAUGUGGAGCUAUGGCAGAGGCGCGAAGAGAAUCCCCACUCCGCCCACCCAAGACAAGCCUAUGAACUUGGAGGCGACAACCGUCGUCAAAAUGAAGAAAGAACCUCAUUUGAGCAAAGUAUCAAUAUUGAAGAGACGAUCGCCGGCCAAGGUGAACAUGCCCACAUCGAGCCUCAACAAAAUCAGUUCGUUAGUUAGCGCGGAUUAUAAUGAAGAUGAUAGCUCAUGUAGUACGCCUCCCGUCACUCCGCCUCCUUCAGCGUCAACCAGUAGAGGGUCAUUGCAGAGAACAAUUUUAAAAAAGGCUGAGGACAUCAAAGAAGCAGUACAUAGUCCAGAAACUAAGGUGGACUUGAUGGACUACGAUGACGAUAACAACACGGUGCUUUCUACUGAGAUUUCCUUAAGUUCUGCGGCGCAGCAAAACGAUGCUGAUGAUAUGGUUGAAAUGGAAACUUUAUCUCAACCAGAUCUUGCGGAGGCUUUAUCCUCCAGCCCUUUAGAAUCUGACCAUAUUUCCGAUGAAUACCUACUCUUCCCCGGUAACAUGGUCGUCGACAUGACUUCCGGUGCCCAUUACUCUGACAAAGACGAAGAAGUAGAGGAAGAAUAUGCAGGAGAAAACAUGCACAUCGUCAUUAGAAGCCCGACGACCAGUGAUGAUGAGUUCAUCAUGCAGGGCAAAGCAAAGAAAUAUAACAUCGUGAAUGUAGCUGAAGGACCAGACUCGCCUGACCAAGAGGAGAGCACUGUGCAACCGUCUCCUGAAGCUGUUGAGGAGGCCAUCGCAGGGUUUGACGGAUCGGAGAUUAUGAUUGUGGAUCAAUCGGCUAAGUUACCGGAAGAUUCCAUCUCUACCAAGGAGGACUUCGAGGAACUCAUAGAUGAAGGUUCAAGAAAAGACAACUUGAAGAAACAAGAACUGACCACAAAGCACAUAAACGAAUUCCACAAAUACGCAAACAUGUACUACCCUAAAAGCGUACAGCAACAAAUACUUCAAACGUCCCCCAACACUACUACUACCAGAAUCGCAAAAGUCAACCAGAAAAUCUCUCUGCUGCAAGGCCCCGUCGUGCAUAACAUCACAACAAAGUCGGGCACAGAAAAAAUCAUCCUAGCGCCCAACACAAAAGUGGUCAACGCAACCCAGCCAUCUAAAGUGACAAGCAUAAUUUUGACGCACAACUCAGCUGUCAGAGGGAAUGUCAUAGGCGUUCCGAAGAUUGUAACCACCAUGGCACCGGCAAUCACUAUAGUUAGUUCUAGCACGUCACAGAUAGCCUCGAUAUUGCCUUCUACAUUCACUGUACCUGUUAUAAGUGCCAGUGCUGUUAGGCAGUUGUCCAACGUCAAGGUUUUGGAUAAGCCUUUGACUACUCACGAUAGUGCCUUGCCAAACAAAAUAUUUGAAGAUGAUUCUGUGUCACCUGAUAGUUCGAAUUGCGAGGAUGAUAAGUCAAAAGAUUCUUCUGAUGAGAAGUUGAAGAAUGAUUCUCCAACUGAUGCUGAUAAGGUACAUGCAUUCGCUAAAAAGGCUGAGACGCCUGAUAAUGUAGCUGAAUCACCAAAGGAAUCAAAACCUGAAGUCAAUGAGUCUAAGAAAGUGGAAAAUAUGCAAAUAACUAGCUUGAAACCCUCAACUAAAGAACACUUGCAGAAGCAACGUUUACCCAGUCCAAUAAUCUCUAAAACAUCUUCACCUGUAAUCAUCCAUAAUACACCUGAGUUAAAAAUGACUGCACAAGUCAUACAAGAAACUCAAACACACAUGAAGAUCACAGCAACUGAGUUGGUAGAGACGGUAGAAGGUUCUACAGAUGAUACAAAGUCUGUGGUUAUUUCCAUACCAUCUCCUACACCUUCCCAAGAACAGAUGCUGGACAAUAUGGCGUUGCAAGCUUUGGAGCAACCUGCUAGAAGGGAGUUCCAGUCCUUUGAAGAUGUUCUAGAUAUGAUUGAAAAUAUUACAGCGGAACCACCGGCUGUUCUAGAGGAAAAUGUCACAGUGAAGGAGCCUCCAAAAAUAGUGAAAAAAGUCGAAGAAAAAGAAAAACCGACAGGUACUCCUCCACCAAAGGAGCCUACACAGCCAGCUUCUAUCAUAACUGUCACCAAAACUGAACCCUCAAACGUGGCAACCACUUCCAAACCAAGCUCCGUCCCACAACUCUCACCUCUCUCUCAACCAAUUGAGCUAACCACCAACAUGGCGAAUGCCUCGCAACAGUUGAGAACACUGUUGAGUUCGAUACAAACCACUUCAACCUCAGCCUCAACCAAUGUCGAAUCGGUGGUAAAGAACACCAAUCAGAAAGUGGUGAGUUGCUCGUCGCCUUCGGGUAGUCAGCCGGUGGUGACCUCAAGGGUGAUACAGCAGUCAGCUGGUAGACAGUCACCAACGGUUAGUUCGGUUAUCGUGCCGAAUUUGAAGCAGAAGGUGAAUCCACCUAGGAGUAGUCCUGUCAGGGUGCCCGCGAGUACGCCGUCUAUACCUGCACCGCCGCUGACAUUGAGAACCUCUGCAGGUCUUCAUACUACAACCCAGGAACAACCCAAGCCCACCUCAUCUGCACCAACCACCCAGCAAACCAGCUGCGUAAUAACCCAGCCAUCCACCACCACUCAGAAGCCUCCAGUGAUGCAUUCCACCAACUCAGAACCCAAAAAACCAUCUCUAACCCUCACCGCCAUGCUCCAAAACCAACCUGCAGCCACCAUGACCACCAAGUCCUCUGCAGAUACUAUUACGGCAGCCAGUUUGCUGGGCAGUUCCAUCAGUCUUAGUAAGACCGGGUUCACCACUGCGCUGGUGCAGGCCCAGCCUAAUGCUGUUGUUACGCUGGCGACGAGUAGUACUGCAAGCAGUGUUGCCACGUCCACGGCCGCAGUCAGUUCGACUAUUAUUACGGCGCCCGGCUUCCGAACGACGGGUGGCACGACGAAUUUGUUACAUACUCAGCUGACAAAGGUGGUGCGUAGCAAAUCAACGGAAGAACGCAAAGACCCCAAAGUAGAGGACACAAAACACGACGUCCUCGAAAACGCUCUAACAUCAUCUGAUGACAGCAAAAUACCAAAUCGCUACAGCACUAUGUCAACACCUUCGAUAAGCCGCACUGAAGACUCCCAGAACGUGCUUUUGAAGAAGCUGUUGCAGAACACAGCGUGUGCAAGCACCCAGAGCCCACCUCCCAUAUUAGCCACGACGACGUCUACCACCGCACCAACGAUCACCAAUGGUGAGAAUGUGUUGGUGAAGACCAGCACGCCGACGUUGUCGUCUCUGUUGCCGCCUGCUAUCAAGACUGAGCCGCAGACGGUGGUGACCACACCACAGCCUAGACCUACUCCUCCCAGAACCCCAAUAAGGGAAACAUCGUUCGUAUCAAGUCCCGUAACAACACCUACUUCCAUGCCACCAAGCACUGUUGCCACCCAGCAGCUUCACAUUGAUGUCAAGAAAUGUAUGCCGCCCAGUCGAACACCCAGUAGAGAUGAUCUGUUGUCUCCUCAGACGCCAAAAUCGUCUUGCAGUCAGGAUUCCAGCUUGCAAACGCCACCUUUAACUAUUAAGAAAGAAAGACAAGAAAUGCCACCAACCUCACAACACCAGCCCAGUCCAAUUCUGACACCUCAAGAGGUCAAGAAGGAGUUCCUGGACGAGUCAUCCCAACACAGCACAGUUUCAGACCACAGCCGACCUGACGUUCAAAUGAAGGAAGAAUUGGAUGCCAUCGAAACGUCUACAGAGAAAGCUCUAUUGGACAAAGAGGAACUCAAGAAACAGAAACGUAGAAUGUACCAACAGAAAAGAAGGCAGAAUCAGAUUCUGAAUAAGGAGCAAGGGCAGCCGAAGAAAAGGCCUAGGAAGAAUUCCAAGAUUGAUGAGGAUUACGAUACGUAUAUAGACGGCAUAUUGAAUCAAUUGAGGCAACUGCCGCCCAUGACUGUAUCUGAACCUGUUCUGAACAGGAAUUAUGGUGCUGUGCCAGUUUUUGGUGCUGGUGAUAUGUCCAAGUUGGGGAACAAGAGCUAUUCCUCGCAGUUUGGUGAAUUAGUAGGUUCUUAUGGUAAUGCAGAACUUCCUGGCUUCACAGAUUAUUACAACACUAAGCCUUAUGGCGAUUUGGAGGCUUUGCCAGAAAAACCGGCUGCAUCCACCCAACGUGGCUUCUAUGACCAAGAGUUUCCUCUCAUCAAAUUUGACACAGAUGAUGAUAAAAAAUUUGAUCUAUUCUGCAGAGAAGAUACUCCUGAUACUGUGCUCAGUAGUUCGUCACCAGAAUGUUUCAGGUCCGAGUCUCCUCAGCAGAAGUUCUUAGGCUUGAGGUUGAUCAGCGAUGAGGAAGACGAAAGUGAAAGUGAAGAAAAAUUACGAAAGGGCAGACUGUCUCCUGUCGUACCCUUGAUCAAACCUAUACCCAUCAGGCUGAAACCUGCUGGCGGAAUGUACCUCACUGAUCACACAGAUAAUAAAGAAAAUCAACCGGUCAUAAGUCACGAACUACACAUGACUUCUAAGCCUGAGCCCAAACCUUCUCCAACCAAAGAAUCUGGAAAUGUAACACUAACUUUGACGUUAACAUCAUCUGCCGCAGAAGAUAUUAUAGGGGUACUAAGAGAUCUUGCUAAUAUUCUUCACAUACCUGCACCUACGAGUUAUCAGAUAGUGGAAAGAAGUAGUACUCCUCCUAGCCAGAAGCUGGGGCUGUAUAGAACUAAAGGAAAAGAUGGUAAAGAAGGAGCUCCUAUUGACAUCCAAAGCAUUUUGAAUGGGUCUGCGAAAUUCUGUAAGCACUGCGAUGUGGUCAUCUUGAACAACAUGAUCAGAAAGAAAGUUUCUGAUUUGCCAUUCCUUGCAAAAGACUCUGAGCUGCUAAGCGAUGGCGACGAACUCUAUUUCUGCAGUUCUACUUGCUAUAUGCAGUUCGCUCUUAUGCACAGAUCUCCAUCCAUUUCUGAAGACAAGGCUGCUGCGAUUAUAGAUCACCUUUCUCAAAAGGAUAAAUUAGAGCUAAAGUUGAAGAAACCUCUAUUCGAAAGCUCCGAUAGCAAAUCACUGAUUGCCCAAAGGCUGUUGAUGGAUACCAAAGAUUUCAAGAAGGAUGUUGAAAUGAUGGACACUAGCGACUUUUCAUUCUUCAGUAGACUAGAUAAUAAGCAUAAACUUCAAAAUCAAGCAGAUUAUAAACCCCAAGUGAAAACUAAAAUGUAUAAGAAUGUAAGAUACAAGUUGUGGGCGCCUGGGUGUUUGCAACCGGCUCAGAAAUUCAAGAAACCUACUGACAAAGAGAUCAUGGAGCUACUUUAUAGGAUGCAGAUUACUGUGACGCCACCAAAAAUGCCUGAUGAUACUAGAAAGUGUAUGUUCUGCCAGGGGGUCGGGGAUAGCGUGGCUGAUGGUCCCGCAAGGCUGUUAAAUUUUGACGUGGACAAAUGGGUCCAUCUAAACUGUGCCUUGUGGUCCGAUGGUGUAUAUGAGACAGUGAAUGGAGCUCUGAUGAACUUGGAAAACGCGAUUCAAAUGAGUUUGACCACCACCUGCGUCCACUGUAACAAAUUGGGAGCCACCAUCAGGUGUUUCAAGACAAGGUGCUCCAGCGUGUACCAUCUAAGCUGUGCGGUAAAGGACAACUGUGUGUUUUAUAAGAAUAAGACCGUCUACUGUAUGGUUCACAUUCCUAAGAACGAAAAAGACAAUGAGUUGACUACGUUAUCGGUGUGGAGAAGAGUUUAUGUUGACAGAGAUGAAACUAGACAGGUGGCGGCUGUCAUGCAUCAUUCUGAUUCCAACAAUCUGCUCAGGGUAGGCAGCCUGAUAUUCCUGAGCGUCGGCCAUCUUCUUCCUCACCAACUGCCCAAUUUCCACACUCCCAACUACAUUUAUCCGAUCGGCUAUAAGAUCAUCAGAUUCUUCUGGAGCACCAAGAGGCUGAACAAACGUUGCAGGUACAUUUGCUCCAUCCACGACGUCAACGGUAAGCCGGAGUUCAGAGUUCUGGUACAGGAGCAGGAGGAACAGGACAUCGAGUUGAAGGAUCCUACGUCAAAGGGUGUUUGGCAGAAGAUUUUAGAUCGGGUGGUAAACUUGCGAAGCCAAAACCAGUGCCUUCAUAUGUUCCCGAAGUUCGUCACCGGCGAAGACCUGUUUGGUCUUACCGAACCGGCCAUAGUGCGGGUACUAGAAAGCCUUCCCGGUAUUGACACUCUCACCGACUACAAAUUCAAAUAUGGUCGCAACCCUUUGCUUGAACUUCCAUUAGCUAUCAAUCCUUCUGGAGCUGCAAGAACAGAGCCGCGAUCCCGAAAUCAGCUACACUGGAAGCGACCGCAUACACAGAGAACUCUUGGGCCAGCGGCGAGGCCAUUAUUUGGACACCCACCACCACCGGGUCUAUUAUCUUCAACCGUUACUCUAGGAGAACUAUCCUGUCCAUAUAGCAAGCAGUUCGUUCAUUCCAAAAGCUCACAGUACAAGAAAAUGAAGCAGGAGUGGAAAAAUAAUGUUUAUCUAGCAAGGUCAAAGAUUCAAGGUCUUGGUCUGUAUGCUGCUAGAGAUCUGGAAAAACAUACCAUGGUAAUUGAAUAUAUUGGGGAAAUCAUCAGGACAGAGCUUGCAGAAUGUAGAGAAAAGCAGUAUGAAGCAAAGAAUCGCGGUAUAUACAUGUUUCGACUCGACGAAGAAAGAGUGGUAGACGCGACGCUUUGUGGUGGCUUAGCAAGAUACAUCAACCACUCCUGCAACCCAAAUUGUGUCGCCGAGACUGUAGAAGUUGAUAGGGAUGUCAGAAUUAUUAUUUUCACUAAACGCAGAAUACAGAGGGGUGAAGAGUUGUCAUACGACUACAAAUUCGACAUAGAGGAUGAUCAACACAAGAUAUCCUGCAUGUGCGGAGCUCCGAACUGCCGAAAAUGGAUGAACUAACUUUGUUUUCUAUUUUAUCGGUUUGCAAUGUUUACGUUGUUGGAAGGUUAAUGGAAAAAAUCUAAAAUUAAGGGGACGGCGACUCUUCUCAACUGAUACAGAUAAAAAGUCAUUUUCUAUUUUUUUCCUUGCAGAAAAAAAAUCAGUUUUUACGCAGCCUAUAUUUUACCAAAAAAAACUGAUAUUAUUGGCAAUAUGGCCGAUAAUACGUGAGUAUAAGGGAUGAAAUCAUCAUAUUGCUUUCGUUCAUCCGACCAAAGACAGCCAACAAUGAAUUCAAUACCUUAUCAUAUAAUAAUUCACAUAAUUAUUCAUUUUGAUCCGGUAAAGCACCUCGUUGACAUUGUACUGAUGACCCUCAUCCGCAUGAAACAAGUGCUGGUUUCAGAUUUGAAAAAUAACUUUAAAUUUAUUCGUAUAUUAAUGGUAGUGCUAAAUUAUGGUGACCUUCAUUCACUGUGGGUGAUAUCUGUUAUUAUCCAGAGAUAUAAGGUUUGUUGAAGAGUCGCCAUUGUCUUAUCAGACUGUCCACAGUGCCAUUUUGAUACAUUCCAGGCGAUGUUUGAAUGUUAUAAUUGACAGGCAUUUACAAAUUUGUUACCCAAUCGUGUGAUGUGGUAAAUACUCUGUUCGGUAGUAGAUUGAAAUAUAAAAGUGACUUAAGUCAUUAUCAACGUUCAUUCAUGUUCCAACAUUUUGAGUGAGGUGCAGUUCAGCAUCAGUAUCUUCAGCAAAGAGGGAGAGCAAGUAAAAUCAAUCGGGAAGAAUCAUAUUAUUAUAUUUUUGAUUUUGCAUGGAUUGUAUCUAGGUAUCGUGUUUGUAGUAUUCUUUUUUCAUUACGUUAGAGCUAUUUUUUUUGAUCUACUAGACAGAAAAUUUACCAGACAAGACUCAGUCUAGCUUAGGGACCAAAAGUUGUAAUCCCGAUUUUCACGUGUUGUAAAUACAUCGUACUAUUUAUUUUUACAUAUGAUAUUUAUGUUGUGCUAAUUGUAGGUAAUCAUUUUAUAUGCCAUUGUUAGUGUGUAUUGAUCUAACAUAGCCUUCAAUCGCCUUAAAAGAAUUUUCGUACGGAACAUGAGUAAUCAAGAAAAAUUGCUGUGCAAUAUCGAUUAUGAAGCAUACGUUGAUGUAUGCUUCUGCACUGAUAGACGAGCAACUAGAUUUUCAAAUUUGAGAAUGACUAUUUGGAUGCCAUGAAAUUAUGGGGUAGUUAUUGCCUAUCAGUGUGGUGACUCGGGAAAAUCUAGGUAAUUUUUGUUUUGUGAAAAUAUUGAGGCAUAGUUGAAUAUCAUUACAUAAACUCAAAAUCUCGUCCUCCGUCCUUUUGGACAUUUGUAUAUUUUUAAAUGAACAGAAUAAUUUUAGAAACAAAAAUGUUGGGUAUAUCAUUAAUGGCACAAUGAAUAUAAAAUCUAUGACAAAAUUCAAAGGAUUAAUAUCAAUAGUUGUAUAUACAGUUUUUCAUAAAAAUGUUGCUUGAGCGCAAUCUAGGAUGUGAAUUCAGCCGAUUAUUACACUGAGCAUUAAAAAAACUUAUUUGCUUUGUAUUAUCAUCUACAAUUCUUUAUAGUUAUUUCCAAACUUCUACUUGCAUUAUGUGGUUUUCUAGUUAUCCUCAUAUUUUCACAAAAAUACGUCUCUCGAGUUUAUAGUUAUUUUUUUUAUACUUUUCCUAGUUAUUAUAUUGUAGUUUAAUGUUUUAUGCGGACAAAGUCCUGGAUGUUGUUAUUUUUUAAUCCAUUGUAUAUUUUGUUUUCUUUAUCACUAGCAUAUGCGGAAACCCUUUAUUUGUAACCUUUUUACUAGGGUAUUUUAGAUUUUUAAUUUUGCAACCUAGUUUGCUUGUGUACUAUAGCGACAUUUUUAUUAUUCAAGUGACAAUCACUUUAGUAAGUUUAUUUUGUAUUAAAGCACUACCUGAAUAUCGUUUAAAUAUUGUUUAUGUACAAAAUAUCAAUGAUUGUAUAUGCAAUAUAGUUGUACAUAUAUAUUCUAAAGAAAAAA